ACACAGCCCUUCAACCGAGUUACGCUAGUGUGGAAAUUAGACAUCGCUAUCAAGCGAUGGUGUGAAUGCUGCUAUUGGCCUUGUCAUCCACCUGAUUUGGUCCCUAACUGUGGUACAUCCCGGAGUGGGUUGCAAUGAGGUCCAGCCGAUUUCAUUACUAUGGGAAAAAAGCAAUAGCAUAUUGUACUCUGGCAAAACUAGCUUAUAUAUCAUUAGCGUUUAUCGUGCGCAACUCCUCAGGCGUCCUAUGCGAACUAUCUUCCCACAGCUCUAGAUUUGUGUCCCUAACGUCUGUGAAUGGGAGUUUGGGCUGCCCAACAAGAUUUUCAUCAUGCAGGCUACUCAAGUCUUAUCCUUUCUCUUAUUCUAUGUAUCUCUAAUAUCCGCGUUUCCUUCUAUAGCGCAGCAGACAGUCUUAAGGGUCCCACAGCUCGGCGGAAAAUGGCAUCACAAGGGUUGUUACGACGAUGCUGGUAGGACGAUCAAUGUCUCUACAUCUCCUUCCGAUACGACGACCCCAGAGAACUGCGUCGCGUUCUGUGAUAAAGGGGGGUUUCCUUACGCUGGAGUUAACAAUCUAAACGAGUGUUUCUGUGGAAAUGAAUUGGCCAAUGGAGUCACAGAAGUCAAAGAUCCGAGGAGAUGUUCAAUAAGUUGCUCCAAUAAUAAUACGCAAACGUGCGGAGAUCCGAACUUCUUAUCCUUGUUUUUCAACCCGUACAACGCAGGCCCCAAGCCGAAUAUCAACGUUCCUAACUGGGUGCAUAUUGGAUGUCACUCCGAGGGAAUUAGUGGCCGGUGCUUGACUUAUAAGGCCCCUAUCUCUACUUCACCACUCAACGCGGAAAGCUGUACGUCUGCAUGCCGUACAGCUGGCUAUGCUUUUGCUGGUACCAAGAACGGCGACGAGUGCUAUUGCGGUAAUACUAUUGCAAAUGGCGCUACAAUAUCCAAUGGCUGUGAUACGGCUUGUAAGGCGAAUGCUUCAGAGGUUUGCGGGGGACCUUGCCACCUGAACGUGUAUGAGUUCAACACCACGUAUAGUAGACCUACCGGGGUUAAGUCAGGUUCUGUGCCUGAAGCUUCUUCUGGGACUGUCGUAACAGUGACGAGUUUGUCUAUCAAUGCUCGUUCAGUUGCCCCAAGAGACACCACCCCCACCACCACCGAGCCGAUUGUUACUAGCACAAGCAGUGUUUCUUCCACCAGCUCAAGUCCCACGGCACCUUCACAACCCUCAUCAAUAGGCGAUUACAUUUGGUAUGGCUGUGAGACUGAGGCUACUAACAUCCGUGCAUUGAGCCUAUACACCUAUGCGGACGAUGCUAUGACAUUAGACAGUUGUUGGACUUUUUGCAGCGCCAAGGGGACGACGUACUUUGGUACCGAGUAUUCCCGUGAAUGCUACUGUGGCAAUUCUUUUGAAAGUGGCUCUGUCGAAGCUCCCGAAAGUGAUUGCAAUAUGCUUUGUGCUGGAGACCAAUGGGCGUAUUGUGGCAGCGGCAAUCGUCUGUCAGUUUAUAUCAAGAACGGAACUUCGGUCUCGACAACUACUAGUAGCUCAGGUCCAACCAGUGUCGAUCCAGGAACACCAGAACCUACUGGGUUUCCUGAUGGCUGGACCGACCAAGGUUGCUGGCAGGACGGGCCCAACGGUCGUAUCUUAUCAACUUACCAAGCUCCAGACGACCCUCAACUGACACCACAGAAAUGUGCACAACUCUGCGCUGAUAAAGACUACAUUGUGUCGGGUACUGAGUACUAUACACAGUGCUUCUGUGGCAAUGCUAUCUACAACGGCGGUGUUCGAGGCAAUGAUACUUCGAAAUGCGCAACCCCUUGCGGAGGCAACAGUAAGGUCAUGUGUGGAGGCGCCGGGUAUUUAUCCGUUUACUCGAAGGGCACACCACAGACUUUUAAAGAACCAGCUCCCAUAAAAAAUGUCAACGGUACUUGGACGUAUCAAGGUUGCUACGAGGAUAAUGUUAACAAUAAGAGGACCCUUUUUUGGUCCCUAAGGUUCCCCAACACCAUGACCCCGGAGCAAUGUCUCGGGAAGUGUGCUUCUUUUGGCUAUGCUGCCGGCGGUUUGGAGUAUGGUGAAGAAUGUUAUUGUGGCGACCCGAUGGACGUUGGUGCUUCGGGUUCUACUUUGAGACCGGAGAACGAAUGUAAUAUUGUAUGUGCUGGAAACGCCUCCGCGAUAUGCGGAGGUGGUGCUCGCCUUUCAAUAUACUAUUGGACUGGCGAAAAGCCCCUUUAUGUGUUCAAUUACCCUGAAGGAAACGACGCGGGCACCUAUUCCAACUUGGUCGGCGGCGUUGUUACUCCUUUGAUGACCAUGCAGUCAAUUACCGGCAAGGUGACCUUCCUAGAGAAAUGGGGAACUGGUGCCGCAAACAGCACAGGGGCUUAUGAACUUGACCUUAGUCAACUUGACAACUUCGAUGCUGCCUGGAGGACCAUGCACGUCAAGACGGAUAUCUUCUGCUCAGCUGGACUCAUUCUACCCGACAAGGCAGGAAGACAGCUUACUGUAGGCGGUUGGUCCCUCGAUUCUACGUACGGCGUCCGUCUAUACACGCCCGAUGGAUCAAACGGCGUCAAAGGCACAAACGAUUGGGAGGAAAAUGUCAACGCUUUAAAACUUCAAAGGGGGAGAUGGUACCCAACCGCUAUGUUAAUGGCAAACGGGUCUAUUUUAGUCGUCGGCGGUGAGAUUGGUUCGAACGACAAGCCAGAACCUUCCCUUGAGUUACUUCCUCAAGUUGGCCCCGUUCUUCAUAUGGAUUGGCUUGAACGUACAGACCCGAAUAAUUUGUACCCAUUCCUGGCAGUCCUGCCCGGCGGCGGCAUCUUCGUCGCGUAUUGGAACGAGGCCAGAAUCCUGGAUGAAGUUACCUUUGACACAAUAAAGACUCUACCUAACAUGCCUGGCGCGGUGAAUGACGACCUCGGAGGUCGUACCUAUCCCCUUGAAGGAUCUGCUGUCCUCCUACCGCAGUUUGCCCCCUAUACGGAUCCUCUCGGCAUCCUAUUGUGCGGAGGUUCGACCGACGGCCAUUCGGCUCUCGACAACUGCGUAUCCACGUACCCCGAAGCCCCCAACCCCGAGUGGACCCUCGAGCGUAUGCCUUCCAAGCGUGUGAUGAGCUGCAUGGCACCCUUGCCGGACGGAACUUACCUCAUUGCCAAUGGCGCGCACGAAGGCGUUGCCGGUUUCGGUCUCGCGGACGAUCCCAACUACAACGCCGUUCUCUACGACCCGUUCAAGCCCAUCGGUUCCCGCAUGUCGGUCAUGGCCAACACCAGCGUUGCGCGCCUGUACCACAGCGAGGCCAUCACGCUCCUCGACGGGCGCGUCCUGAUCACAGGGUCCGACCCGGAGGACGGGAAGCACCCGCAGGAGGUACGGGUCGAGGUAUUCACGCCGCCGUACCUCUACAGCAGCAAGCCGCGGCCGUCCUUCACCGUCGCGAAGACGGACUGGGACUAUAACGACAGAGUGACGUUCUACCUCGGGGACGAGCCCCGCGGCGAGAUCAAGGUCUCCUUGCUCGGCGCCGUGUCCAGCACCCACGGCAACUCGAUGGGCGCGCGCACCCUGUUCCCCGAGGUCUCGUGCGACGGCACCAGGUGCACCGUCGUCGCGCCACCCCGCGUCCACGUCGCGCCCGCCGGCUGGUACCAGAUGUACGUCCUGCAGGACGGCAUACCGGCCGUCGGCACGUACGUGCGCAUCGGGGGGGACCCCGGGAAGCUGGGGAAUUGGCCGCAGGGGGAGGGUUUCACGCGGCCGGGAGUUUGAGGAGAAGGGGAGGUUACGUGUAGGCUUUUUUUUUGUUGUUGUUUUUUUUGCGCUGGAGGUCUUUGUGCUUUCUUCGCUGAAAGGGAGCGAGUGGGUCUGGGCUUGAUUCAGGGGUAAAAGGGGCUAGGCGGGACGGGGCUAGUCGGGAACUCGAAGGUCGGGAGAGGGAAAGGCAUGGGGUUAGGAGGACAGGAAGACGUCGCGAUAUUUUAGUUAGUACCAGGAAUAAAUAAUAUCUCUACCA